GCCCGUUUGCGCCUAAACUGAGGCUUAGUCACACCCGCACUGGAUUGGUGGUGGGGCGGGGCGGGCCGGGGUCUCCGGCCGGAAGCGGAAGUGGGGGAAGGAUGCAGGACCAUCAGCACUUGCCCAUCGACAUCCAGACCAGCAAGCUGCUCGACUGGCUGGUGGACAGAAGGCACUGCAACUUGAAAUGGCAGAGUCUGGUGCUGACCAUCCGAGAGAAGAUCAAUGCUGCCAUCCAGGAUAUGCCAGAGAGCGAAGAGAUCGCUCAGCUGCUCUCUGGAUCCUACAUUCACUAUUUCCACUGCCUGAGGAUCGUGGACCUUCUCAAAGGCACUGAGGCUUCCACAAAAAACAUUUUUGGCCGGUAUUCUUCACAGCGGAUGAAGGAUUGGCAAGAAAUCGUAACCCUGUAUGAGAAGGACAAUACCUACUUAGUGGAACUCUCUAGCCUCCUGGUUCGGAAUGUCAACUACGAGAUCCCCUCGCUGAAGAAGCAGAUUGCCAAGUGCCAGCAGCUGCAACAAGAAUAUAGCCGAAAGGAGGAAGAGGGCCAGGCGGGGGCAGCCGAGAUGCGAGAGCAGUUCUACCACUCCUGCAAGCAGUAUGGCAUCACAGGAGACAAUGUCCGAAGAGAACUGCUGGCCCUGGUGAAGGACCUGCCAAGUCAGCUGGCUGAGAUCGGGACAGGGGCUCAGUCCCUGGGGGAAGCCAUCGACCUGUAUCAGGCCUGUGUGGGGUUUGUGUGUGAAAGCCCCACAGAGCAGGUGUUGCCUAUGCUGCGGUAUGUGCAGAAACGGGGAAACUCAACGGUGUAUGAAUGGAGGACGGGAACGGAACCCUCUGUGGUAGAGCGACCGUGCCUGGAGGAGCCUCCUGAGCAGUUGGAAGAAGACGCGAUUGAUUGGGGUGACUUUGGGGCGGAGGCAGUUUCCAACACAGGCAUCUCUGCUGAGGCCUCUGGAAUCGACUGGGGCAUCUCCCUGGAAUCGGAGUCAAAGGACCCUGGGGUUGAGGGGAUAGACUGGGGAGACGAUGCUGCUGCUUUGCAGAUCACAGUGCUCGAAGCAGGAACCCAGGCUCCAGAAGGUGUUGCUAGGGGCCCAGAUGCUCUGACACUUCUCGAAUACCCCGAGACCCGGAAUCAGUUCAUUGACGAGCUCAUGGAGCUCGAGAUCUUCUUGUCCCAGAGAGCAGUGGAGAUGAGUGAGGAGGCCGACAUCCUGUCUGUGAGCCAGUUCCAAUUGGCUCCCGCCAUCCUACAGGGCCAGACCAAAGAGAAGAUGGUUACUAUGGUGUCCACACUGCAGGAUCUGAUUGGUCGUCUCACUAGUCUUCAAAUGCAACACUUGUUUAUGAUUCUGGCCUCACCAAGGUAUGUGGACCGAGUGACGGAAUUCCUCCAGCAAAAACUGAAACAGUCCCAGCUGCUGGCUUUGAAGAAAGAGCUGAUGGUACAGAAGCAGCAGGAGGCACUUCAAGAGCAGGCAGCUCUGGAGCCCAAGCUGGACCUGCUGCUGGAGAAGACCAAGGAGCUGCAGAAGCUGAUUGAAGCUGACAUCUCUAAGAGGUACAGCGGGCGCCCUGUGAACCUGAUGGGAACCUCUCUCUGACGUUCUCCCUGCGUGUUCUUGCCUCUCCAUCUUCCCAGCCUCAGGUAGAGGUGGGACCGCCAGGGCUGAUGUGGGGCCCUUCCCCUCCGGAAGCCAGGCAGGCUGGAGGACAGAGAGCCACAGGAAGGAACCAUCCCCUGGAUGGGGACCUGACACUCACUCUGCAGGAAUCUGUCUUGCUUGGCCCUGUGGCCUUUCAGCCUGAAACCACAGCCUCUGCUUCUAGGUAGUUGAGUUGGACUUAAUAAAAGAGCAAAAAGACUCUU